AUGAUGUUUUCUUCAAUGUGGGCCUCGGUGUCGUCUGCCUCUGUGCAUUUGAUGUCAGUGCUUCUUGUACUGUACUUUCUACUCUGCGCUAUCAAGUACAUUUGGAAUAUUUAUCAUAACAUGCAGUAUGACAAAACGUUCCAAGCCCCACUCCCCGACGGAAAUAUGGGCUGGCCAAUCAUCGGAGAGACAAUCCAACUUAUAUUAAAGGGAUCGAACUUCUACGAGGAACGCUUUCAAAAACAUGGAAAAUUAUUUAAGACUCACAUUCUGGGGAAGCCAGUUAUACGUGUUUACGGGGCAGAAAAUCUACAGAAGAUAUUCCAGUUAGAAAACGAGAUAUUGUCACCGUCACUACCACAUUCCACACGUAGCCUCCUCGGGGAGCACGCCCUAAGCAGUGCGUUUGGCGCGCGUCAUACUACCAUGCGCAAACGCGCUUUGACGGCGUUUCGACACAGCGCCCUAGCGUCCUAUGUUUCCUCAAUACAAACACAGAUUGACGAAACUCUGGAAGAUUGGUGCGCAAGGGAAUUCGUUCUCGUGUAUCCUGAGAUGGGCGAAUUGAUAUUUCGUGUUGGAGGCGUGACGUUGUGUGGAUUUAAUUAUUCUAAAAAGGAUAUAAUGAGCCUUACAAAAACAUUCAAAGUAUUUAUGGAUAAUAUUUUCAGCUUACCAAUCAAUAUCCCAGGAUCAGGUCUAAACAAGGGUAUGAAAGCGAGGAAAAUUCUCUUGGAACGAAUCGAGACCAGUAUUCGAUCGAAAAGAGACACAGAUUCUUCAGAAGACCAGAAUGCACUAAGAUUCCUGAUGGAGUGUUUGGAUGAUACAACAGACUAUGACCAGAUUAAGGACCUCGCUUUAGAGCUUCUGUUCGCAAGUUUCGCGACGACGUCUAGUGCGGCUACCACUCUGGUCUUAAAUCUUUCCAGGAAUCCUGAAGUCGUUGCCAGAAUCAAAGAGGAGUUGAAAGAGAGUGCAUUGCAUUCUUCGGAUGAUAGUCUGCAGCUAAAGUUAAAGGACAUUCAUAACCUGAAAUAUGUAAGCGCAGUUGUUACGGAGACGUUGAGGAUUACACCGCCGGUCGGUGGUGGGUUCCGGAAAGUCUUGCAGACAUUUACUCUUGAGGGCAAGCAGAUUCCAAAAGACUGGACGCUAGUAUGGAGCAUCAGAGAAACAAUGGCUUAUUCAAGCUACUACACCAAUACUCAUGAAUUCAACCCGGAUCGGUUUAUGACCGACGAUAAAGACGAAAAAUUUACACAAAACCGCUACAAUUAUUGUGUAUUUGGAGGCGGACCUAGAAGCUGUAUCGGCAAACAAUUUGCCAUCUUGUUCUUAAAAGUAUUCACUAUCGAACUGAUCAGAAAAUGUAGCUGGGGAAUUCAAGCAGAGGACAAACUUAAAAUGGGAUUUCUCCCAGUACCGCACCCGAAAAAUGGACUGCCUGUGAAGUUUAUGCCGAAUUUAUCUCCAUUUUAAUAAGAAGUGUUAUAUACAAUCGAAAAGGUUGAUUGUCGUUUAGUAAAAUUAUAAAGUUUUCAGCAUGGAGUUAUAACGUUCGUCCAUGUUUUCAACGAUAAUAGAAAAAUUGGAAACACAAUCGGCGGGAGCAGCAAGGCAUUGGAGAUUAGAGAACAUCCAACUUUCUUUAAGUAUCUCACAAAAGUAAGUAAUUAUGGAAGUCACAUCCCCACAAUUAUAGACUGAUCAAUUCACAGUGGUAAAUCUCCCACUGCAGAUACAGUGGUGGAUUUGGUUUUGGGAUUAUUUAUCAUCAUCUGCUACGUAAAUAUCGGACUUGAGAUAUGACAGUACGGCGGCCGAAAGAUCAACGGACUUCGUUCCAUACUCCGCCCUCUACCCCUUCAGUCGCUUGCCUAACUUGUCUCAUUUACACUCUUAUAUGGAAUGCCAUAUAUUCAAGUUAAUGAUUAUAGUCUUUAUUGAAUUUAAUAUAAUUUUACUUGUACAUAGUCAAGACUCUUAGAUAAUUGCAUUGUUGAACAUGGACGUGACGUGCAGCAUUAACUCGAGUUCUUCUGAUGGUUCAUUUGGUAUUUAUGGGUAUUUAUAAUGGAUUAAAUCUGCAAUUUCAGUAACAGUACUGCCUUGAUAUCUAGUCAUUGGCGUAACUACAAGGGUGCACGUGCCUGGGGCGCCAAAAAGUGGAAGGGGGAACCAAAAUGAGCCCUGAGCAUUUCAAAUUCUUAAGAUAUUGAUGAAGUUUUUUUAAAUUUUAUUUACUGUAUUAACAACCACACCAAACUUGCAGUACACAGAACCUCCGUGCGGUUGCGAUUGCGUGUCCAUUUGCGGUUCGUAUGAAACGCAACUACCGUAACAGAGCCGCAUCCGGACAAGCGGAUUCUAAAGUUGAGAGUUACACUCCAUUGAAGUGCGCCCGCUGCAGUCUUGUGUAGAGACUUCAUCACAUAGCCUCCCAUUGAGGCUGCAUCUUGACGGCAACUGAGGCAGAAGUAGCCUGUCUAUUACUUAAGUAAUAGGUCCUGUGUUUUAUUCUAUUAAUACAUGUAUCCCUCUAAUUAAAGACCAUUCAAUUAAAGACUACCUCCAAUUAAAGACCACUUUUCUAUGAUCGCAAAUUAACAUUUGUCUUUAUCAUUAUUAUUCUAAUUAGACCAAAGCUGAUAAAGACCAUGGAAACCCUGGUCCUAAAAGACACAAUACGGCAUAAAAAUAUAUAUAACAAUAAGAAGAUAACCUUAUAGGCUAUAUUGAGUUCAAACGUGCCAUGGUUGAACUAAUAAUAUAACGGCCUUGGGCUUUAUCUAAGGGUUUCAGUGGCGGAUCCAGGAAUUUGAAAUAAAGGGGGGGCCGAGGGAGGGAUUUUUCACAGAUGGUGGAUGGUGGUCGACCUUUCCUACCAUUAGACUCUAUUUCUACCCCUCCUGUUAUACUCCUACUCUUUUGGAGUCCUUAGGAGAUCGGCUUUACCCACCAAAACCAGAACCGAGGCUCUAGUUGGCUCCUUGGUUCAGACCUUUCCGUCAGACAUGUCGGACCCCUUGUUGACAAAUUUUCUGGAGCUACCACUGGCUCAGGUAGUGUAGACGAUCCACCGUAGUGUAAAAAUAAAAGUACCUCCCUGGGCCCCGGUCCCUCUCUUUCGAAUUCAUUCUUGUUACGAGCCUGUUUGAGUACAGUAGAGUGCCUUGAUGUUUAGACAAUGCAUUUCCGUCCUUAAAUAUCUCAACAACUUGGACUGACAUGGGCGUUUUCAUAGAUUAUUUUUGCAUAUUGUCACUCAGUUACCUCCACAUCUCUUAGCCAUUGAUAUAUUUCUUUGGAAAACGGUACAAAUUGUAUGCAUGACCAAACGACUUUGGUCAAUGGUGGUUAAUGGUCAUAUAUUAUAGCGCCUUAAAAUAUAAUCCCCGUUUAUGAUAUUGCUCAGGGCUGUAGCCACUGGUACAGUUGGUCAGGUUUCAACCUGUCCACUUUUUGACAGACCACAAUUUAACUGGUUAGGUUUUAAGGCAAAAUUCCACUUGCAUGUUUAGACUCAAUCUUCUCCCCCUUGAAAUCACUCAGGAACCUGGGAUGAACGUUUAAUAAUAAUUUACAUUAUUUUCUUCUCUUUAGUAUGUGAUUUAUAAUGACUGAUUAAGAAACUAGGAUGUAUUUCUUCUUCAGAUGAAAUUCAGUGUCAGGUCUUUGCUUUUAACAAAAUCAAGUGGUACUACCCACAGUGAGCCUUUUCUGAAAAUCAGGCUAAAGGUUCCCUUAUACACUUGCCUAGGACACAAUCAUUUCUUUACUGAAUUGCCUAAACCAUAGAGAAAAAAAAGAUUCAACUGACAAGAAACAACCAUGUAUUUAUCUGUAUAUUUAUUCUUGAUGGCUCUUAUAUGCAACAUUAUUUUUUUUUUAUAAAUAAAUAUCUUUUAAAUAGG